UUUACUUCCGGUGGGAGUACAAAAUAAACUAAAUCCAUUUAACAGUAUUUUCUAUUCGUGUACAAAUAAUUUGAGAGAAUAAACAUGUCCAUUGCAUUCAAUAAUCGACACACUCUAAUAUGAACUCAAAAUUCUUUAUGAAAAGGUCGAAAUAAAAGAAAUCCUUGUAUUUGAUGAGGACCUGUUGAUUAAUUUUUGACAGGGUAAUGGAUGUCCAAGAAAGCAGUGAGUGGCUCUAUGAAUUGCUGACAGAGGUUCAGCUGGACCAGUUUUACUCAAAACUGCGGGAUGAUCUGCAAGUUACAAGGUUGUCACAUUUUGACUAUGUCAAAGAUGAGGACCUACAGAAGGUUGGCAUGGGCAAGCCUGCCAUACGACGACUCAUGGAUGCAAUCAAGCGAAAGAAAAUGACACUUCGCAAAAAAGGCAUAUUAGAAAAGAUCCUCCCAAAAGUUCCGGAGAAGUCGGGCACCAAGAAGUCCAGUGGCAGCUCUCCCAGAUUGUCUGGACACAUUGACCAGGCUCUGACUUGCCUCAUACCAGAGACAUCCCUGUUUCUGUAUGAUAAGCUGGGCAACGGAAGCUUCGGCGUCGUUCGCAAGGGUGACUGGAAAACACCCUCGGGGGAAAAGAAACUGGUGGCUGUAAAGAUCCUGCGAAAUGAUGCCCUGUCCAUGCCGGGCGCGUUUGAAGACUUUGUAAAGGAAGUGAAUGUUAUGCAUAACCUUGACCACGAGAACCUGAUACGACUGUAUGGGAUUGUGCUGUCAACUCCACUUAUGAUGGUGACAGAGUUAGCCCCCUUGAGAGCUCUCCUUGACUACCUCCACAGAGAGCAGGAAAGGAUACUCGUGUGUCAGCUGUGCGAUUACGCAAUACAGGUGGCAAAGGGCAUGAGCUACCUCGAGUCCAAACGCUUCAUUCACAGGGAUCUUGCCUGUAGGAAUGUUCUCCUUAUGUCUCCUGAUAAGAUUAAGAUUGGUGAUUUUGGGUUGAUGCGGGCCUUACCAAGUCAAGAGGACCAUUACGUUAUGCAGGAAAACAAGAAAGUGCCCUUUGCAUGGUGUGCCCCCGAGAGCCUCAAGACCCGCCAGUUCUCCCACGCCAGCGAUGCCUGGAUGUACGCUGUCACCCUCUGGGAGAUGUUCACCUUCGGUCAGGAGCCUUGGAUGGGAUAUAAUGGCUCUCAAAUCCUUCACAAGAUUGACAUGGAAGGAGAGAGACUUUCUCACCCAGACCUGUGUCCCACAGAGAUAUACGAGUUAAUGCUGAAGUGCUGGGCAAUGAAACCCGUGGACCGACCCUCCUUUCUGGCCAUAAGGGAGUUCUUGUGUGAGACGGAUGGAGCUAUUAAGAUCCGACCGAUGGACGUGAAAUGCCUACAGACUUUCAUGGAGGAGGGCAAGCUUCAUGUAGAACAAGGCGAUCACAUCACCGUCAUUGAUGGAAGGCCAGAUUGCUACUGGUGGAAGGGUCAGAACAAGCGUACGCACCUUGUCGGCCAUUUUCCCCGCCAUGUUGUCUCAACCCAGCGACGUCUCGCCAGCAUGGAUAUCAGCAAGCCUCUCAAGAACAGCUUCAUCCACACAGGGCAUGGGGACCCUGGAGGGAAAUCCUGGGGCAACCCGGGGGAAAUUGAUGAAGUGUACCUGAGGAACCCUAUGGAGCCACCAGAUCUCCACGGAAACACCCAGCCACCUGGCUCACCGGAACCAACCAGUGAGAAGAAAAGACCGUUUGGCUAUGCCACAAGUCGACAGUUUAACUACGCCAAGUUCCAGAAUGAAUUGCAAACUGACGAAGGAUUCUCCUCGAAAUCGGGCAAAUCUAAUGUCAAUCCUGAACAUUUAGAUCUGCAGAAAAUGGAGCUCACCAGAUCUGAACAACAUAGGUCCUGGCCUUUGAAAUCUGGUCAUACAAAGGUAUAUAGAAAAGAGAGUAACGAGAAACCAUUGAUAGAUCUGAGCGACGAAACGUCGGGCAGUGCCGCUGAGAAAUCUCUAACAAAGCCAGCCAGUGCCAGUGAAAUAAGCUCCCUAUUUGACUCCCUUUUAUCAAACAAUUCAUCGCAGUUUGGCAACUUGGAGUUACCCCAGCCACUGAUACGCGAUUCUGGGUCCCCAUCCGACCCAUUUGAAAUCAAUUCAGCGUAUAUCAUGUCUAAAAAGGUUAAAUCAAACGAGGUGGAUUGUAAACCCAAACAGACGCCACCACCUCGGCCCAAACCUAUCAUUUACAGACGAGCAUCUAACGAAAGCCAUCAUAGUUCCGACAGCUUGCAAAAUUUUUCUCCACCAAAAUGCACAGGGAUAAAGCUGCCGCCUGAGUACAAAAAACGUGAGAACACUUCCUCGCCAUCUCCUGACAGUGCUAGCAUUCAUUCAGUGUACUCUUUACCUGCACAGAAAAUCGAAAACACUGACAAAAAGCAACCUUUCUUGUCUGCUGACAACAGCCCGCAAAAGCAACCGUCCAUCCCUACUAAGAACCAGACUACAAAAGCUGUGCUGGAGGAAUUAUUUUCAAAAGGAAAAUCGUCUGUGUUGAACAGCAAAAAUCUUUUCAAGAGUAGCAAUGUGCAGUCGCAACUAAGCGUGCCGUGUGACGAUUUAGCCAUGCAAAAUCCGCAUUCGAAAAACAUGGACAGAGCUUUCGAUUGGAUAAAUGAUGCAUUAAAUGACUUUCAGCUGAAAAAGAGUGGAAAAUCAGGAUCAGAUCCGUUGCUGGUCCAACAGUCCUCUAGUCCUUUUUACGAUCAAGUUCCAAAUGAACCCUAUGCCCCAGUCAUAAUGAGUGACAAACAUCUCCCAUUGACUGCAAGGGGUGGUUACCCUGUACAAUAUUGUGAGGUACCUAACGAAUCAAGUUCGAAAUUAAGCUGGUCUCAAGGCAAUAUCCCUCGGUAUGACUCUGUCCCUCAAGUGGACGACCCAAAAGAUGUUAAACUGCCUAUCGCUGUGAAUGACAUUUAUUCACCACAAAGCAAUGCCUCAACUUAUUCAGAUUGGGGCGACGACUUUGACAGUGAUUUGGAUGAGGACUUGAACGCUCUUAACGCUAGUGUUUUCACUGGGGAUGCUAAUGCACCCCCACCAUUACCCACACGAGAUUAUUCAUCCAUCAGUCAUUUAGGUACCAAUAAUCACUGCAACACAUCAGUUGACAAGAAAGACCAUAAAUCACACAUAUAUCCGAUUGUGCAAGACGGCCAACAGUUGAGUCACACACACUAUUUCCUUAUCCCGCCAAAAGGGGAGGAGCUAAAUUAUGGCGACAGUCAUGGCGACAGAGGUAAGGCAACUGCAGCUGUUAAACCAUUCUCUAUUGGAGGAAGUCAUGUUGACACAGGUAAUGGUAGUCGUCACAACAGGCUGUGUCUGGAAUACGAGAACAUUGACUCUCUGCGAGUGUUGCCUAGGGAAGCCUGUGAGAAGACUCGGUCACGAAGGUCAAGUCGUUCAACAGACGACCUGACUCACAGUAAACGUGGUAAGGAAUCAGUGAACAUUAAACCAGCCUGGAACGAUGAGAAUAUUGAUAUAAGUGCUAGUUAUCCACAAGUGCGACCGGCCGGAAAGAAACCGAGCUACCAGCGCUCCAAUUCGCACCAUUUUGAAUCCUAUGAGGCUAGUGUUGACUCUCAGCGAGAAAAAAUAACCGCAUUACAAGAUGAAGUGAUAGGAAUAACAGACGAGGAAUGUUAUGCUGCUUUAUGUCAUUGCCAUGGCAACGUAAACAAGGCAGUGAAACACUUAAAGACGGAGCAGUUGUUGCGGCUGGGGCUGGCCCCUAGGGAUCAUUGCUAUCGUCUUCUACAGGCCCUGCAUUGGAAUCUGGAACUGGCCAGUUCUGUGAUGCUGGACGAGUACAAGUCCAGUAAGAAGAAAGUGUCAAUAGAGAGUGUGGUGUAGCCAGAAAACUAUGGGUUUGAGGGUAUAGGAUGUUUAAAUAGUGCUGUUUAUCUUAACAGAUUGGGGGGGUGGAGUGAGAAAAUAUCAAAUUGAGCUGUUACGCUUGUCAAUGAUUAGCUGCAUAACUUGGGGGUAAAGGUAUGCGCUAUUGGCUGUAUAAGCUUGGGUUUAAACUUGAAUUUUGAACUGCAUAAGUUGGAUUGCAAGGUUAAAAUUUAAGCUGGGGGUGGGGGGGGGGGGGGAGAACUUGAAUUGCAAAAAUGUAUGAUGUUAGGGUCUAAACUGUUCAAAUAGCAUCUGGUCAAGUUAAGGAUUGUUUGUCUUAUUUGUUAUUUUUGAUGGUAUGUUGUUUUUUUUAAACAAUUAUAAGAACAAUUGAACAAAGUGUCUUAAGUUCUUUAAUGCAUGCAUAGCAAUUUUGUCACAUUAACAAUUAGUGAAGGGGGACUGAAAAGGGGCAGGGUAACCUGCUAUGUGAAAAACUUUCUGAAGGUAAACUAAGUACAUUGCAAUGACUGAAUUGUAUUGAUUCAACCUAAGUGCUCAUAUUCAAGCAUCCAAUCAGGAUAAAUUCCAUGAGGUAUGUCACUUAUGAAAAAUAAUUUGAUUUUUAAACCAAGUAAUACACAGUCAGAGUCUUUUUAAAACAUCCUGGGUCUGUCAGUAGUAACUUGAACAUUAACUCUUUUCAGUGCUGGAACCGAAUUUGGAAGGCCUUUGCAAACAGUUUGGAUCCAGAUGAGAGUCCACAGAACGUGGCAUCUCAUCAGGAUCCAAGCUGUUUGCUAUCCUGAUAGUAUUCUUUGAAAAAAAUCAAAGAAAAUCCUUAUUUUAGAAAUUUAGCAGACAACAAAUUUCCCAGCAUGCAAAGCUUUAACAAAAUGAAUGCAUGGUUAAAACUCAUUGAAAAGUAUCAUCCUAUGAUAGGUUGAACCUGUCUGUAAUACAUACUGUUUAAAAUUAGCCAAUUGUAAAUGUAGAACAAUGUUCACAUAAUGCUUAUAAUAAAUACAAAGAGACCUAUGAACAUUUGCGUAUAGAGUGUCUAAGACUUGUUUACUCAAUAACCUUAUGCCAUGGUUAUAGUGCAGAACCAUUUAAUUGUUUUGUUUAAGACUUUGUUGGGAUUUUAUUUGCUUGCAUUUUUAUCCCCACGCUUUUUGAAAAAAAGGUGGGGAUAUUGUGGUUAUCUCCGCCGUCCGUCCGUCUGUCUGUCUGUCCGUCCGUCCUUGCCACUAUCUCCUCCUACACUAAAAGCACUAGAACCUUGAAACUUACACACAUGGUAGCUAUGAGCAUAUGUGCGACCCUGCACUAUUUGGAAUUUUGAUCUGACCCCUGGGUCAAAAGUUAUAGCGGUUGGGGUGGGGCCGCGUCAGAAAUUAUCACUCAUUUUUUUAGGUUAUUUUACAUUUACUUCUUUAUUUCUACACUGAUUCACUUCAAAUUGAUACUGGACCUCUCUUAUGACAAUACGGUCAAUCUCAACUAUGCAUGGCCCCAUUCCCAACCCUGGGGCGCCCCGCCCACAUAGGCCACACCCACCAAAAAUUUCCAUUUACUAUAAUUUUUUCAUUUCUACACGGAUUCACUUCAAAUUGAUACUGAACUUUUGUUAUGACAUUAGGGUCAAUCUCAACUAUGCAUGGCCCCAAUCCCAACCCUGGGGCGCCCGCCCACAUAGGCCACACCCACCAAAAAAUUCCAUUUACUAUAAUUUUUUCAUUUCUACACGGAUUCACUUCAAAUUGAUACUGAACUUCUCUUAUGACAUUAGGGUCAAUCUCAACUAUGCAUGGCCCCAUAACCAACCCUGGGGCCCCGCCCACAUAGACCACACCCACCCAAAAUUGCCUUUACUAUAAUUUCUUCUUUUCUACACCGAUUCACUUCAAAUUGAUACUGAACUUCUCUUAUGACAUUAGGGUCAAUCUCAACUAUGCAUGGCCCCAUAACCAACCCUGGGGCCCCGCCCACAUAGACCACACCCACCCAAAAUUGCCUUUACUAUAAUUUCUUCAUUUCUACACCGAUUCCUUCAAAUUGAUAUUGAACUUCUCUUAUGACAAUACAGUCAAUUUCAACUAUGCAUGGCCCCAUUACAAACCCUGGGGCGCCCCGCCCACAUAGACCACACCCACCCAAAAGUGCCUUUUACUAUAAUUUCUUUAUUUCUACACCGAUUCACUUCAAAUUGAUACUGAACCUCUCUUAUGACAAUACGGUCAAUCUCAACUAUGCAUGGCCCCAUUACCAACCCUGGGGCCCCGCCCACAUAGACCACACCCGCCCAAAAUUGCCUUUUACUAUAAUUUCUUCAUUUCUACACCGAUUCACUUCAAAUUGAUACUGAACUUCUCUUAUGAAAAUACGGUCAAUCUCAACUAUGCAUGGCACAAUUACCAACCCUGGGGCGCCCUGCCCACAUAUGUCACACCCACCCAAAAUUGCCUUUUACUAUAACUUCUUCAUUUCUACACCAAUUCACUUCUAAUUGAUGAUGAACUUCUCUUAUGACAAUACGGUCAAUCUCAGCUAUGCAUGGCCCCAUUACCAAGCCUGGGGCACACCUAGGUCAAACAUUCGGCGUGGGGAUACGCGUCGGCCUCUGCCGCGCCAUUUCUAGUUCAUAUAUAUAAAGAUCAUAUGUUUAUCGAGUGCAAGCUUUUUUGGUCAUAAUAAUGUUAUUUAUUUAGCGCUGAAUCCUACUGUGUAGCAUAAUAUUGAUGUUUGUUAACCUAUACUGCUUGCUCUUUUUGCAACACUUAGUGAAUGCAAUUAUUUUGGUACUUCAAUUGCUAUUGCAAUAAAAUAUUUUCUAAAAAAAACUGCAAAAAAACAAGAUAUAUAGAUUUAUUACUUGAAUUUCUGAUAAAUCACUGAGAGGAUUAAUUGUGCAACAGUCAACAAAAGAUAAAAAGACAUUGUGAAAUGUAUAUUCAAAGCCGAGCUAGAACCCAUAAUAUUCCGUGUGAAACCCUUACAUUGACCGUCUGCCACAUCACGGUGUUUAGAAACUGUUGUGCUGAGAAAAUAUAUGGGCCAUGCUCUGUGAAAAGUGGGUUUAAUGCAUGUGCAUAAAGUGUAGUCCUAGAUUACAUGUACAUUUAGCCUGUGCAGUCUGCACAAGCUAAUCAAGGACAACACUUUGCAACAAAACUUUAUAUUUGCUAGGAAGAGACUAUGUAAACGAACAAUAUCAUAAAAUCGGAAAGUGUCGUCCCUGAUAAGCCUGUACGGACUGCACUGGCUAAUCUGGGACAGCACUUUAAGCACAUGCAUUAAACCCCUUUAUCAAACUUGCUUGAAUGUCCUUUUGUUUGUUCUUGUUUUUCUUAUGGAUGAUUUAAAUGAUGGUUGAAAAAUAAUGAGGACCAGGUUAUAUCUAUUGUAUGAUACAGAUUUCACUAUAAAUCACUAUUACAAUGUUUGUAAUAUUGAUUGCUUAUAUGAUUGCUUUCACUUUGACAAUCUGAAAUCAUUAUUGUCAUUUACAUCAUAGAUGAGGAAACCACCUGUUUGUCAUACAUUAAAAUGUUAAAGACAAGAUGUGUAUGCACUAAUGUGAAUUCUAAACAUUUAUUGAUUUCGAUAAUUAUCUUUUGUUUAGAUUUACUGUGCAUUGAAAUGAAUUUAGUUUGAAUGUAGCAUGUUAAGAAAGAUAUAAAUUAGAAAUGUUAUAUAAGAAUGUCUUGUACAUUCCAGUAUUUUUAGCUCACCUGUCACGAAGUGACAUGGUGAGCUUAUGCUACCGUGUGAUGUCCAGCGUCCGUAUGUGCGUGCGUCCAUCAACAAUUUGUUUGUGUAGACAGUAGAGCUCACAGUUUUUAUCCAAUCUUUAUGAAAUUUGGUCAGAAUUUUUAUAUUGAUCAAAUCUGGGUUGGGAUUGUAUUGGAGUCAUCUGGGGUCAAAAACUAGGUCACUAGGUCAAAACUAGGUCAAAUAAUAGAAAAACCUUGUGUAGACAAUAGAGGUCGCAGUUUUCAUCCAAUCUUUAUGAAAUUUGGUCAGAAUGUUUAUCUUGAUGAAAUCUGGGUUGGGAUUGUAUUUGGGUCAUCUGGGGUCAAAAACUAGGUCACUAGGUCAAAAACUAGGUCAAAUAAUAAACAAACCUUGUGUAUACAGGUCACAGUUUUCAUCCAAUCUUUAUGAAAUUUGGUCAGAAUGUUUAUCUUAAUGAAAUCUGGAUUGGGAUUGUUUUUGGGUCAUCUGGGGUAAAAAACUAGGUCACUAGGUCAAAUAAUUGAAAAACCUUGUGUAGACAGUAAAGGUCACAGUUUUCAUCCUAUCUUUAUGAAAUUUGGUCAGAAUGUUUAUCUUGAUGAAAUCUAGGUUGGGAUUGUAUUUGGGUCAUAUGAGGUCAAAAACUAGGUCACUAGGUCAAAUAGUAGAAAAACUGUCAACAAUUAGUGUGUAGACAGUAGAGGUCACAGUUUUCAUCCAAUCUUUAUGAAAUUUGGUCAGAAUGUUUAUCUUGAUGAAAUCUGGGUUUGGAUUGUAUUUGGGUCAUCUGGGAUAAAAAACUAGGUCACUAGGUCAAAAACUAGGUCACUAGGUCAAAAACUAGGUCACUACGUAAAAUAUUAGAAAAACCUUUUAUCGACAAUAGAGGUAGCAGUUUACAUCCAAUCUUUAUAAAAUUUGAUCAGAAUGUUUAUCUUGAUGAAAUCUGGGUUGGGAUAGUAUUUGGGUCACCUGGGGUCAAAAACUAGGUCACUAUGUCAAAUAAUAGAAAAACCUUGUGUAGACAAUAGAGGUCACAGUUUUCAUCCAAUCUUUAUGAAAUUUGGUCAGAAUGUUUAUCUUGAUAAAAUCUGGGUUGGGAUUGUAUUUGGUUAGUCAGGUAAGCGAUUCAGGGCCAUCAUGGCCCUCUUGUUUCAUAUUGUGAAACUUGAAAAGAAGGCUGAUAAGAAAUUCAGUUAGCAUUUGCACAGGAAAUUUUAGCGAGUUUGACAUUAUAAAAUGUCAUUAUACAUUUAGGAAACAUUUAAUGUACAUACAGAGGUUGUUUUUAUGCUUCUAGGGUAUACAUAAUACAUGUAUAUUUAUUUCAAAGUGCCAUUAUAUUAUUAUGUUUAUCAAUUAUAUUAUCACGGCUUGUUGUGAAGGAUAUUAUAUGGUUAGCUGAGUAUUUUUCUCUGUGAUGUAAAUAAGUACAAAUUAUAUGCAAUUUUUCCAAGUGUUAAUUUAUCAGACAACUAUGUUUGUGUUUUGUUAGAAAACAUUUUACAUUGUUAGAUUUAUUUAUUUGAGAUGAAAAUUGUUAUUGUGUUCUUUUGUAUGCCGUUGAAAUGUAAUCCAAUAUAAUAUUUUCCUCAUCUUAUUUCACUUGUAGUUUUAACAUGAUGUGUUGAUUGAUUCUCAUAAACAAAGAUCAAAAUUUCUAUGAAUAUGUCUGAAAUUCCAUUCUGAAAAAUAAUACUUGUAAUUUAAAUAAAAUAUGGCACAUGUUUGUUGUAUUAUUGUUUUUUAAUUUCUUCUUUUUUUAUAAAGAUAUUUAUCCCUGUUAUAUACAUACACAUGUAACUUGCAAUGUUGUAAGUGAUGACACUUCUUAUAUUGUGUUUUUGUUAUUACCUGUAUAUAUUGUAUAUAUUCAGGCCAGUAAAAGUAUUUUUUGUUGCAAAUGAAAUUCGUAUUGUUUUAAAAGAUAACAAAUUUGUAACGCUUUUUCAUGUGCAAAUGUCUGAAAAUUACAGCUGAUUAAUAUAUUACAUGUAUAAAUAAAAGAUAAUAUUCUUUAUAUUAUUGUUAAAAUAAAACCUGAAAACGCAGUGUCAGAGUUAUGGCCCUUUAAUUAUCUAGUAUAGGUGUUUUAUAAAGCUUUGCUGACCACUUCCAUAAAUUUUCUUUGGAUCAUCUUUUUUUUCACUAUGUAUUAUUUUUGAAAGGCUUAAGUUACAAACAAAUGCACUUUAUGUUUUUCCAAGUUAUGUAUGUUGGUUUGAAAAUAGAUGCAGUAUUAUUAUCAGGUGAUAGCCAGUGGAUUUUAAAUAAAAAUAAUCAAUGUAUCUUGGGCCAGUUGUCAAAAGGUUUGUUUAAAAUUAAUAAAUUCAUUCAAUUAGUGUCUGUAUCUUACAAUUAAAUUUAUAUUGUUUUCAACUGCUUUAUUCUUCUUAAGAAUAGUUGUUUAUCAUGUCACAGAAUAUAAAAAAUCAUACUGCUCGAGGUAUUUGAUUUUUGAUCUGGCGCAUACGGUCCUCAAGGUGUUCCUUUCAAGCAGUUCAGAUAUGGUUUGUUUUCCAGAGCUAAAUUCAAUACCAGAAGCAAAAUGCCGCUUGAUAUUUUCCAGUACACUUGUAUGAUUCUUGUGAUGUUACACAAAACAGACUAUUUUUGGUGGCAGUUUCAAUUUAACUUAAAAUAUGUCAUGUUACUAUGUAAACAAGGCAGUUAAAAGAAAAAUUUAAUACUAAGCCAUGAUCCUUUUUAAUCUUCCAACAUGUGCGUGUGACCUUGCAGUUUGAGUAAUACGUCAUUGCCAUGAAAUGACUAAGGAGAAAAAUGACUAAGGAGAAUUAGAAGAUAUAGAAACAAACAUGAAAAUACAAAUAAUUCAAUCUUAAAUUGUUAACUUGAAAGUGUAUCAGUAUGACAGGCUUAUACCUUCUGCAAUGAGCAAAAUGUUUGAACCAGGUUUCACAAAAUUUGUUCAAAAGGUUAACUGAUUAAUUUUUAUGCCCCCGGAUCAAAAGAUCGGGGGUAUAUUGUUUUUGGCCUGUCUGUCAUUGUAUGUGUCCGUGUGUGUGUCCCAAAACUUUAACCUUCUUCAUAAUAUUUUGUAAUAUUGAACAUAGAAACUUGAUAUUUGGCAUGCAUGUGUAUCUCAUAGAGCUGCACAUUUUGAGUGGUGAAAGGUCAAGGUCAUCCUUCAAGGUCAAAGGUAAAAAAAAUAAUAAAGCAGCGCAUUAGAGGGCAUUUUGUUUCUGACAAACACACCUCUUGUUAAAUAUUUUUAUUUAACCCUUUCCCACUCAGAAGCAAAGUGAAAAUGUCUAUGUGCAAACAGCAUAAAACCAGAACAGCCUGCAAGUAACUCGCAGUCUGUUUAGGUUUUAUGCUGUUUGCUGCUCACCAGUAUCUAGGGGUACGAAAUGAAGCCUUUAAAACUUGAAUUUAGUAAUUAAGGUCUUUAAUUUAAUUGAGCAUUGUAAGGGACUACACAUGCGUCAAAAUAUGUAUCGUAAGUGUUAAAGGGUUAAAGCGUGAACUUAACCUUGAGCUGUUUGAAAGGCCUUUUCCUUCUGCACAACAUCUCAGUUAAAUAUUACAUAUUUUUAAGUUUCAUGAUUUAAUAAAAUAAAUAAUUGGUCAUAAUUAUCACCAUUACUUUUCGCUGCAUUUAUCAACUGUUUAAGUGCUACUCCAGAUUGAUUUUCUGUUAAUUGGUUUACUCUUUUUACAGGUAAUUUUUAAAGGUUGUAUAAUUUUGAAAGAUGUUUGUAUUCUUCAUUUGGUAAUUGUAUGUAUGUUGUUCCUUGUGUUACCUGUUUUACUACAGCACUGAAAUUUUAAAGAGAUUUUAUUGAUUUGCUUUGAUUGUUAACACAUUUUGUGUAAUAAAAGGUAAAUACAU